UGCAACGGGAGGACAAGCUGCCUGAAAAACCGGAGCAAAACGCGAGAGACCACGAGAGAGGGAGGAGGGGGGGGAAACGGAGAGAGAUCUCUGAGGGGAAAGAAGUCAUUCGGAGCAGGGAGAGGGAGAAAGCUGGAUGAAACUGACAAGGACACACGGGGAGGAAAGCGCACAGAGGAGCCUUCCCUGACGGAGGAGAGAAGCGAGGGAGUGCGUGCACAAAGUGGAAAAGAAGAAAAGGAGGAGGAGAAAGAGGAGAAGGAGCCUGACAGGAGGUCGAGCUUAUGAAUCUUGACUGACACAAAAGCGAAGAGGAGGAGGAGGAGGAGCAUGAGGGCAAGGGAUGGAUUUGAUUUGGAGAGAGUAUUUUUAGAAGGAGGAGUGGAGACAUGAGAGAAAUAUUGAGAUUAGAGAUGCUGUCUUUGAGUGGUGGUGAAAGAAAGUGAGGAGGAAGAAGAAGAAGAAGAGAGAAUAACAGGAGACAGAAAAAGGGGGGAGGAGAUGUUGAGAUCAGAGUGUGACAGAACAGAUUAUCUCUGGUCUGGUUUCCCGCAGGAAACCGCUGAGAGUGUAUGUCCGUGUAUGCACGUGAGUGCCUCCUUCUCCAUGUGAAAGUGUAUUGUAGCAUGUUUCUCACUGUGGCUGUGCUGCUGAGAAGCAGGUCUGCCAUAAGAUGAAGCUACCCCGUGGUUACCCGCAGGACCUAAUAACACUGUUUAAAGCCAAGUCGGGGGGGAGACCAGGAGAAGACCAGUGACAUCAGGAGGAAGUCAAAGCAUCAAAAGUGAGACCGCAAAGUGGAACAGAAAGCAAAUGAGCAUGGGAGACUUUUGUGAAUUCAAUUAAAGCUUGCACUUAAUAGUGACAAGGAACUGAUUGCUGCCUCUGGCUGCCGAAUGCCUCUGCAAGGCAGUGAAGCCAAAAAACACACACGUAACUCAGAAGAAGAAAAACCACAGCGCUGGAACAAGGCAAGCUCUCUACUGACAGACUGCACCACGCCAACCAAUUCCUUCCACUGUCGUCUCAUUAUUUUAAUUACAUUCCUUUCUUUCAUUUGUGUUUUUUUUUUUGUCCUCUCUGCUCAGCCCUUGGUAUUUUGUAUUCUGUCCUCCUCUCUCCCUCUCUCUUCCCCUCCCUCUUCUUCUUGCCUUCGCUCUCUCUGUCUCAUCCUCUCUUGUUCACUGUCACACUAACUGUGGAUGCUGGAAUCGCUCAUGUAGAAGCCACCUUGCUUGGAGCACAUUUGCCUAGCUGAUUUUUUUUUUCUUCCUCCCCUGCUGAGUUGGAUCUGUGGAGCACUCUCAGAUCAAGAGACCAGGAGAGAUGACCAACAAGUAGCUGUUCAUCAGAGCUCCUGCACCACCAGGAGAAGACGAUUUCAAAACAGCUGCUUUCCACGAGGGGACCUCUGCUUGUGAAUACAGUACAGUAUAUUUACAGUUAAGACUGCAUGGGUCAUUAGUAUUCGUAAGACCAAACACAUUUCCAGGUGUGGAUUACGGUAGUGGAUUUAUCCUGGAGCUACAUGUGGGCCCCAGCCCUUGAGGCCUGGCCUGGAAAUGAAGCCUUUCCCGCGGCUGUAGGAGCGGUGUGGGCAGCUAUGGCCCUGGAGGGGCGCUGUCUCCGGCGGGGAUCUCCAGCCAUGAUCAGAAAGGGCUGUCAGCGGCGCCCUACAAAGCCAACUCUGGCUCAGGUCACUUCUACACUGCUGUCAAGGACACGCCUGCACGGCCUGAGGCAUGUUUGUGUCCCUGGUGGCUCAGUGGGCCGCAGGGCCUUCUGGCUGCUGGCCCUCUGCACCUCCCUGGGGCUGCUUUUAUCCUGGUCCUCCAACCGUCUACUCCACUGGCUUUCCUUCCCCACAUACACACGGGUCCACACUGAGUGGGCCAAAGAACUAGCCUUCCCCACAGUCACUAUCUGUAACAACAACCCUAUCCGCCUCUAUAAGCUCACCAAGAGUGACUUGUAUUUUGCCGGCCACUGGUUGGGCCUGCUGCUGGCUAACCGGACAGUGAGGCCCAUGGUACUGGACUUGCUUCAGGAAGACCGUCGGGCCUGGUUCAGAAAGCUGUCAGACUUCAGGCUCUUUCUGCCUCCCAGAAACUUUGAGGGAACCAACCUGGAGUUUAUGGACAGACUGAGCCACCAACUGGAUGACAUGCUUCUCUCAUGCAAAUACAGAGGAGAGCCCUGCGGAGCUCACAACUUCUCCUCUGUGUUCACCAGGUAUGGCAAGUGCUACGUGUUCAACGCCGCAGAGGAGGGGAAGACGCUCCGCACCACCAUGAAGGGAGGGACAGGAAAUGGCCUGGAGAUAAUGCUGGACAUCCAGCAGGACGAGUACCUGCCAGUGUGGGGGGACACAGAGGAUACAGCCUUUGAGGCAGGUGUGCGGGUGCAGAUCCACAGCCAGGCGGAGCCCCCGUUUGUUCAUGAGCUGGGCUUCGGCGUGGCCCCCGGCUUCCAGACUUUUGUAGCCACACAGGAGCAGAGGCUGACCUACCUGCCUCCCCCGUGGGGAGAGUGCGAGUCGAAGGCUCUGGAGUCUGGCUUUUUCGAGGCCUACAGUGUAACUGCCUGUAGGAUCGACUGUGAAACGCGCUACAUUGUGGAGAACUGCAACUGCAGGAUGGUGCACAUGCCCGGUGAUGCUCCGUACUGCACGCCUGAACAGUACAAAGACUGUGCUGAGCCUGCCCUUGCUAAACUGUCGGCUGUGGAGAGCAGUAACUGCAUGUGCAGGACACCGUGCAACAUGACCCGCUACAACAAAGAGCUGUCUAUGGUCAAAAUCCCCAGCAAAACCUCGGCCCGCUACCUGCAGAAGAAGUUCAACAAGACGGAGAAGUACAUCACAGACAACAUCUUGGUGUUGGACGUGUUCUUUGAGGCAUUGAACUACGAAACCAUUGAACAGAAGAAAGCCUAUGAGGUUGCAGGCUUGCUGGGUGAUAUUGGGGGUCAGAUGGGUCUGUUCAUUGGAGCCAGCAUCCUCACCAUCCUCGAGCUGUUUGACUAUGCUUAUGAGGUGGUUAAAGACAGACUACUGGAUUUACUGAGCAGAGAGGAGGAGGAGGAGAGUCAUGGAGAGGAUGUGAGUUCCUGUGACCCGGUGGCAAACCAUUCAGAGUCGAUCAGCCACACUGUGACGGUCCCCCUGCAGACAACGCUGGGCACCCUGGAGGAGAUUGCCUGCUGAGGCCCUCCCCCUUACCCUCAGAGCCACACAAAUCCAGAGGCUGCCUCCUCCACUGGGUGGCGCUACAUCCUCCUUGAGGGGCACCAUGCAGGAACUUAACAGGGGUGGGGAGGACACCAGGACAAGAACAGGGCUUGGUCUAAGGACGGCGCUGUGCUCUGUCACACCACCCUGUCUGAGGCACUAAUGGGGAUAAAGGAGCUGUCGGCUGGACUUAUCGGCCCUCUCUGUCACCCUGCAUUGUACUGUAGUGGGAGGGCGGCCUCCACUGUGCCAGACCUGCAGUGGGGUCUGAGUCUCCACAUACACGCAGACAGAAAAUCUGACUCAGUGAUGGAACUACCCAAAAAGGGGGCUGAUCCCUGUGCAGCAUAUCCAUGUAACAAACACAUUCAUAUGUCGCUCACUGCCAAAUGAACUGUACAAAAUUGGUUUUGAACUGUCCAAACUGCAUGCGUCGAUCUAUCUUGCUCUCUUUGCUGAUGCAUACGCUGGACUGCAGUGUUGCUUUACUGUACAUGUGUGCCAUUUGUCUCUCUGUCUGCAGGACAGGCCUGUAACAAGGGCCCAGGUGAGAUAUCGAACUUCGAAUGUACAGAUUGAACAUAUGGUUGUUUAAGAUCAUAGUUCAGAUAUGACCAAUCCAUCUUUGAAAAUCUAUUCUAAUGAACAGUUUAUCAUUUUUUAGUUAAUUAUCUUGGGAUAGAAGGAGUUGGUGAAGUAUGAGCAUUACUGAGGAAAAAAAAUACCUAAACAUUUUACUUUGUUUAUUGAAAAAACAGAGUGAAAUCUGAAAAUUUUGCAGCUUGCAUUUUGCAUAUUUUUUCACCUGUCGGUUUCAGUUUAAUCAGUUUACUAAAGGCAUGUUUGCUACGUGACUCCCAGGGUGCUAAGCUGUUCUCUGCAGACAUCUUUAAAGGGAUGUCAUACUCUUACUGUUAAUUUAUGUGAGUAACUGACUGGCAUCUGGCUGCUGCACCUCACCACAGCACCCAGCUAAGUCAGGGAAGAUUCUGAAUUUAUUUGCCUGCCAGACAACAAGUCUUGUACAAAAAAUCUGUGGUGAAUGAAUAUACCCAUGGUGUUGUUAACCCAUUAUUUCAUUAAGAUAAUUUCAGGGUGAUAGUUUGGACAGAUAUUAUCAUUUUAUCAAGGAUGGCCUUAUGUUGUCCUGCACCAACAAAACAUCCCCAGGCUUGACAAUUUUAAACAAUUUUCAUUAUAAAAAUGACUACAAAAGCACCAUGAGGAGGGUUCAGCCAGGAUACAUUUUUUAUUUGUUUUAUUUUAGGAUACAGGGUCUGCUGUGUUAUGGUGUAAAUAUCAGUGUUUUUUCUCAUAAAAACGGGUACCACGCAGACAUGCCUGAAGCAAAUCUAAUUUAAAAGAACUUUGGUGAAACAUCAACUCCUGGUCCAGACGUGACUACAUAUCUGUCACAUUUCUUCAUAAUGUUACUCAAUCUAUAGGUGAGAAUGUUAUCUAGCAGGCAGUAGCGUUUUGGGGUAGUUGAAUGUCUUGCUAAAAAUGAACGACACACUUUGCUAAGAGCACCACCUUUUCAGUGCAGGUUUAGCUGAACCUUCAGUGUCCUCAGAAACAACAGUUACAUAUAUAUGGCUUUACACCAAAAGCUUGUGUGAGACCAUUUGGAUGAUAUAGUGUUAUCAGAGUUUUCUAUUUCUAGUCCAUGAUCAUCCUAGCAUGGUCUCUGUCAUCAUGGUAAUGUACGUUACAGGUAGGAAUGAAUUCAAGUGAUUUGUCAGACUGUUUGAAUUAUGAUUUCCCAUCUGUGGCUCAACCUGCUGUCUCUGUGUACUAUCUCAUGUUGUGGCUUCAGACAAACACAAUCCUCAGCCAACCUGCAGGGAUGUGAGACAAACGUGUCUCACGUCUCUUAGCGGCAGCAACACUGGCUGAUUCUUCUCUCUACUUUGGCUUCAAUUGUUAUAGCAGAACAGCAUUUUCUCAUUUUGUGAUGCAGCAUACAGUGUGUGUUUUUA